GUGAAGAAGCUGUGGGAGGGGAAGGGGGGCCGGGGUUGGUGCCCCUCGCCUCUCGCCGGCUCCUCCGAGCCCGCACCGCGGCUGCGGGGCCGCGCCCGAGCCGCCAAUGCGGGGGAUGCUCGCACCGAGGCGGCGGCACGGAGGCACCGGGCACGGCAGGUGAACUCCGGGGAAGGAUGACCGCCGUGGCUGCGAUCGUCUUUCUCCUGCAGCUCUUCUUUAAAGCGGACGGACAGGUCUUCCCAGGUGGCUGUUCAUUUGAUGAGCACUACAAUAAUUGUGGUUACAGUGUAGCUUUAGGAACCAAUGGAUUUACCUGGGAGCAGAUUAACACCUGGGAAAAACCAACGAUGGAUCCUGCUGUCCCAACUGGGUCCUUCAUGAUGGUGAACAGCUCUGGGCGGGCGUCUGGGCAGAAAGCUCAUUUGCUAUUGCCUACGUUGAAGGAAAAUGACACACACUGCAUCGACUUCCACUAUUACUUAUCCAGCAGAGACCGUUCAAGUCCUGGCUCUCUGAAUGUCUACGUGAAGGUGAAUGGAGGACCACAGGGCAAUCCUAUAUGGAAUGUCUCAGGGGUUGUUACAGAAGGAUGGGUGAAAGCAGAACUGGCCAUCAGUACAUUCUGGCCACAUUUUUAUCAGGUGAUAUUUGAAUCUGUCUCUUUGAAAGGACAUCCAGGGUACAUAGCUGUGGAUGAAGUCAGAGUUCUCGCCCAUCCAUGCAGAAAAGCACCUCAUUUCCUACGACUUCAGAAUGUGGAGGUUAAUGUGGGACAGAACGCGACAUUCCAGUGCAUUGCUGGGGGAAAGUGGUCACAGCAUGACAAACUCUGGCUCCAGCAGUGGAAUGGAAGGGACACUGCGUUAAUGGUCACUCGAGUGGUCAACCACAGGCGUUUUUCUGCUACUGUCAGUGUAGCUGACACCUCUCAACGCAGUAUCAGCAAGUACCGAUGCGUCAUUCGUUCGGAUGGUGGAUCUGGAGUUUCGAAUUAUGCAGAAUUAAUAGUGAAAGAACCCCCGACUCCUAUUGCACCUCCUGAGCUGCUGGCUGUGGGAGCCACAUACUUGUGGAUCAAACCCAAUGCCAACUCCAUCAUUGGAGACGGGCCCAUCAUACUCAAAGAGGUGGAGUAUCGGACGACCACUGGGAACUGGGCAGAAACGCACAUUGUGGACUCUCCUAAUUACAAACUGUGGCAUUUGGAUCCCGAUGUGGAGUAUGAGAUCAGAGUGCUGCUCACUCGCCCUGGAGAAGGAGGCACAGGGCCCCCUGGACCACCGCUCACAACAAGAACAAAAUGCGCAGAUCCUGUCCAUGGACCACAAAAUGUAGAAGUCGUUGAUAUUCGCUCUCGGCAGCUGACGUUACAGUGGGAGCCCUUUGGUUAUGCGGUGACUCGCUGCCACAGCUACAACCUCACAGUCCAGUACCAGUAUGUGUUUAACCAGCAAAAAUUUGAGGCAGAGGAACUCAUCCAAACUUCUUCCCACUACACCUUGCGAGGUCUUCGGCCCUUCAUGACUAUCAGGCUGAGGUUAGCCCUCUCUAAUCCGGAGGGCAAAAUGGAAAGCGAGGAGUUAGUGGUGCAGACGGAGGAGGACGUUCCUGGACCUGUUCCCUUGGAAUCCAUCCAGGGAGGACCUUUUGAAGAGAAGGUCUAUGUUCAGUGGAAGCCUCCAAAUGAGACAAAUGGCAUCAUUACUCUCUAUGAGAUUACAUACAAGGCCGUUGGGUCUCUGGAUCCCAGUCUGGAUCUGUCCAGCCAAAGAGGGAAAGUCUUCAAGCUAAGGAAUGAAACACAUCACCUCUUUGUAGGAUUAUACCCAGGGACUACGUAUUCAUUCACCAUCAAAGCCAGCACAGUCAAGGGCUUUGGGCCACCCAUCACAACACGGAUUGCAACUAAGAUUUCAGCACCAUCAAUGCCAGAAUACGACACGGACUCCCCCCUUAAUGAGACUGAUACUACCAUCACCGUUAUGCUGAAGCCUGCUCAGUCCCGGGGAGCACCCGUCAGUGUCUAUCAACUUGUUGUCAAGGAGGAGAAGCUGCAGAAAGCACGGAGAGCUGCAGACAUCAUUGAAUGCUUUUCUGUCCCAGUGAGCUAUAAGAAUGCUUCCAGUCUUGAUUCACCGCACUACUUUGCAGCUGAGCUGAAACCUAUCAACCUGCCCGUCACACAGCCAUUCACAGUGGGCGACAACAAAACCUACAACGGCUAUUGGAAUGCUCCUCUCUCUCCUCUGAAAAGUUACAGCAUAUACUUCCAGGCUCUUAGCAAAGCAAAUGGAGAAACAAAAAUCAACUGUGUCCGCCUGGCGACAAAAGCAGUAAUAGGUAGGCAACAGGUGACCACGCGAAACCCGCCCAGCCUCUUGAGCACAGGAGCUUCCACCCAGAAUUCCAAUGCAGUGGAACCAGAAAAACAAGUUGACAGCACGGUGAAAAUGGCUGGAGUUAUAGCUGGUCUUCUGAUGUUUGUUAUUAUUCUCUUGGGAGCAAUGCUUACCAUCAAGAGAAGAAGAAAUGCAUAUUCCUACUCCUAUUACUUGCAUUCAAGCCAGUGUUUUAGGGGCCUCUCUGUCUUCUACAGGACCAGGAAGCUAGCCAAGAAGCAGAAGGAGACUCAGACCAGCACGCAGAGGGAGAUGGGUCCUGUGGCUACUUCUGACAAGACCUCUACCAAACUCAGUGCUGUUCACAAAGAAGAAGCUUUUUCUUCCAGCUGCCAAGAUGUUAAUGGAUUCACAUCACCCUCUCCUUGUUCAUUUUCUGUCCAAAGCAAAACCCUUCAGAGCAAAUCUUUGUUGAAUUCCUACUACUCAGUAUCAUCAGACACUGUUCCAUCGACCACGCUGUUAGACAGUAGCCAUGGAGAGAUGAGCCAGCCAACCCUGACUAUCCAGACCCACCCGUACCGGAGCUGCGAGCCGGUGGAAAUGUCCUACCCCCGGGGGCAGUUCCAACCAGCCAUCCGCGUGGCCGACCUGCUGCAGCACAUCACCCAGAUGAAGCGAGGACAGGGCUAUGGAUUUAAAGAGGAGUAUGAGGCGCUACCUGAGGGGCAGACAGCGUCCUGGGAUACAGCUAAGGAAGAUGAAAACCGCAAUAAGAAUAGAUAUGGAAACAUAAUCUCCUAUGAUCAUUCAAGAGUGAGAUUGCAACUGCUGGAUGGGGACCCUCACUCUGACUACAUCAACGCCAAUUACAUUGAUGGGUACCACAGGCCUCGCCAUUACAUUGCAACUCAAGGGCCGAUGCAAGAGACAGUGAAGGAUUUCUGGAGAAUGAUUUGGCAAGAAAACUCUGCGAGUGUUGUCAUGGUCACCAACUUGGUGGAAGUGGGCAGGGUAAAAUGUGUUCGAUACUGGCCAGAUGACACAGAGGUGUACGGAGAUAUUAAAGUCACAUUAAUUGAGACAGAACCAUUGGCAGAGUAUGUCAUACGCACAUUUACUGUGCAAAAGAAAGGCUACCAUGAGAUCCGAGAGAUUCGACAGUUCCACUUCACCAGCUGGCCGGACCACGGGGUCCCUUGCUAUGCCACGGGCCUCCUGGGCUUCGUUCGUCAAGUGAAGUUUCUCAAUCCCCCAGAAGCGGGACCCAUUGUUGUGCACUGCAGUGCUGGAGCUGGGAGAACGGGGUGCUUUAUUGCCAUCGACAUCAUGCUUGACAUGGCAGAGAACGAAGGCGUGGUGGAUAUAUUUAACUGUGUGCGAGAGCUGCGAUCCCAGAGGGUCAAUCUGGUGCAGACAGAGGAGCAGUAUGUAUUUGUUCAUGAUGCCAUUUUGGAGGCAUGUCUCUGUGGCAACACAGCCAUUCCAGUUUGUGAGUUCAGAUCCAUAUAUUACAACAUCAGCAGAUUAGAUCCACAGACUAAUUCAAGCCAAAUAAAAGAUGAAUUUCAGACUCUCAAUAUUGUGACACCGCGUGUUCGGCCAGAAGAUUGCAGCAUUGGUCUUUUGCCAAGGAACCAUGACAAGAACCGCUGCAUGGAUGUGUUGCCCUUGGACCGGUGCCUGCCUUUCCUCAUCUCCGUGGAUGGUGAAUCAAGUAACUACAUCAAUGCUGCACUCAUGGAUAGCCACAAGCAACCUGCUGCCUUUAUUGUAACCCAACACCCUCUGCCCAACACCAUAGCGGACUUCUGGAGGCUGGUGUUUGAUUAUAACUGCUCCUCGGUUGUGAUGCUGAAUGAGAUGGAUGCAGCACAGCUCUGCAUGCAGUACUGGCCAGAGAAGACAUCCUGUUGUUAUGGCCCAAUUCAAGUAGAGUUUGUUUCAGCAGACAUUGAUGAAGAUAUCAUCAACCGGAUAUUCCGGAUCUGCAACAUGGCCAGGCCUCAGGAUGGAUAUCGCAUAGUUCAGCACCUGCAGUAUAUUGGCUGGCCAGCAUACAGGGACACCCCUCCUUCCAAACGGUCCCUUCUGAAGGUGGUCAGAAGGUUGGAGAAGUGGCAGGAACAGUACGAUGGGAGAGACGGGCGCACUGUUGUCCACUGCUUGAAUGGUGGGGGACGCAGCGGCACGUUCUGUGCCAUCUGCAGUGUGUGUGAAAUGAUUCAACAGCAAAAUAUCAUUGACGUGUUCCACAUAGUGAAAACAUUACGGAAUAACAAAUCCAACAUGGUGGAGUCACUGGAACAGUAUAAAUUUGUAUACGAGGUUGCACUGGAAUAUUUGAGUUCGUUUUAGCCCAACGGAGGGAGGGAAGCCUCCAAAAUGCCAGACCCCAGACUGGCAGACGCUUCUCCCCUCCUCCACAAUGGAAGGCAGUAACAAGUGUGGGAAGGAAAACCUCUCCUUCCUGGAGCAAGAGACUGAAAUUGCACAGAUCUCGCUGGAAGGAGGAGACAAUGCCUGUGUUUGCUGCUGCCUGCUUCCUAUUGGAACAUCUACCGCUUCUUAAAUAACCUACUGUAAAAAUUAGCAACGUGGGAGACAGGCUGAAAGACUGGACUUUCUAAUCCCCUCUGACUUCUUCUCUCCUCUUUUGAAUUGUAUUUUUGUUCUCCUUGCUGCAGAGUGGGGAAGGAAUGAAACCCUUAGGAAAUUCUCUUUUAAAUAUCUCCUUUUUAAUUUAUAAUUUUGUUCCCAAAUCUCAGUCUUUAAUUUUUUAAUUUCAUGCAGCAAUCACUUGGGAAAAAUGAGAUAGCCAUAGGGGAUGUAUGAAAUGUUUCAUUACAAUUUGUCUACCUUAUCUGUUUCCUUUUAUUUGUUUUUCAAAAUGAAAAGGCUAACACAAAAAAAAAAAAAAAAACCACUGGAAUUCUCUUCCCAUAUGUAGCCCCUUUUAGCAUGAAAAUAGAUGGUAGAGAUGAGAAGCUGUUCAUGGACUCACUGCCUCGGCUUCUACACAGAUGUUUCCUCCCAGUUUCUGCUAGACUCCCAAGGCUGUGCAUGAACCGGUUACAUCUCUCUGGUCUGUGUUUGUUUCAGUGCUGGUGAAGAAAUACCAUUAAUGAGUUUCCCAGCCACUUGAACCUCAAGGUUAAAUAUUUGCAUCAAAGAAAUUGCAUUUGUUUUGCAACUUUGGUAACGUUGUUACCGCAUUUUUCAAGUAUUUGCUGGGGUGCAGUGUGUCUUUGAAAAACAGGGUAUAAAGUAGGUAUUAUUGAUCAUAUACUAUGUAUUAUUAUUUUUUUAUUUAUUAUUUGUAUUGCUGUAGAUCUUAGGACCCCUAGUCAUGACAGGAUCCUGCUGAACUAGGCACUGUGCAAGCAGAACAAAGAAGGUUCCUGCUCAAGAGAUUAAAAUCUGAAGGUAAUCUUAAAAUUUGGUUUGGUCAAGAUUUCCUCACUAUUUCCAAACUGUUGUAGAAUCAGAUGUAGUUGAGUGGUUUACUUGGAUUUCCAGGCCCUACAAGCUUUGAAAAGGUAACCCAUCCAAGCUGUAGGAAAGGUGAUGUACACACGCAGAAACCCAUUCUGAAACGCGUUAAAGAAAGCGUUAAACCAGCACAGCAACUUUCCUUCUUAAGCAAAACUGCUUCUGGUUUGUUCUGCAAAAAUGCUUGUGCGACUCUUCAUCUUGGAAACAAACAUCAGAAGUGUUUCACCAGGGUUCUGGAGCUCACUGAUUUCUUAGCAGCUAAGAAAUUGCUUUUCCAAAAGAGUAUGUUUGAGUAGUUAAUCAUUAGGGUCUGCAGGGUAAUCUUGGAGAAGGAAAAAGGUAGCUGGCUGAACAAGACCUUACAAUAUUCAGUGCUUCAGAUGAGCCAUUUAUUUAUCUUGAGGGUGCAGGGAUAUGAGAUUACUCUCCUUAAAUUAGACGCUGGGAGAUAUAGGUUUCUUUAAAUACAAACUUGCUAAAAGUUAAACUGAAAGGUUAAGAGUUUAAGGAAACUCCACUUUCUUACCACCCUGUAGUUUUCCACCCUCAGGUAAAUACUCAGAGAUCAUGCUAAGAGCUUGGUCAUGUCAAUGCCUGGCAUAGAGCAUGCCAGAAGUUUAAAACAUUUUGCUAAUUCUGUAUGUAAAUUUAAAACACACCUCUGCCUCAUGGUCAUUCUUUUUUUAACAGUCAUACCUUUGCCUUGACAAUGAAAGAUGAAAACGGAAUCUGAUAAAAGCAACUCUUGGCUCAAGCAUACCAGUAUCUAACCAAAUAGUUGUUAUCUCUACCAAGACCUGCAACAGUGUAAGGAAGGAUGCUUGGAACUGCAAUAAUUCUCUUCCUGCUAAGCAGAGGAGGGGCUUGCAUAGGAUACUGAAUUGCCUUGCUCACAUCCUUGCCAAGGAGCUUUGGAUGCUUGGCUUCAGUAUUAUGAAGAUCUUAAAUGAGCUUGAACCACAUUUUCCCUCACGUAGCCAGUGUGCCAUAAAGUAUCAAUGAGAACUCUCUCACAGGUGCCUCUGCUCAGUUUCUAUUUGGUCCUCUCUGUUGUUUGCAAGAAAUCACAAAGUCACUUUUAGUUCCUAUUGGGGCUGUAGGUGGAUGUCUGGCAUCUCAUGAAAUAAACGACUGCUUUUAAUGUUACUUUUUUUCUUUGCUGUAAAGCAACACAAACAGUUCUGCAGAGAAGUAGAAGGCAAAAAGAAACUGUGGGAUAAAAAUGAGAAGGAAGGGAUACUAUUAGUGUUUUGAAUAGAGGUGGCUUGUGUAACAGUGUAGGUCAGGAGUUGGGAACUGUUAGUGAAGAAGAAGGAAUCCUGAUUCCAGAGUGGGAUAAAAGACUGCCCAGGUAGGAAGAACCUACGAGUCAGCAAAGUGUUCAUGACUUCGCUAACUCCAGAAAGCCAGAAGGAAUCACUCCCUGUGGAUGCUGUGGAAAUAUUAAUUAGCCUUUAACAUUCUGUUAGUG